AUCUCAUCAAUGUUGAAACCUCGUCAGUGUGGGAUUUAAACACUUUCUACAUAUCGAAUGGCUACUUCCAAACUUCUCAGCAUUCUUUUCUUUGCGCUGUUCAGUGUAGGCAUUUGCUCCGCUGCAAGAACUCUACUCUUGAGUAUAGGUCACGGCAUUGGCGAUGAUGUCCAUGGUUCGAUUGGUGUUACGGGAGGAGGUUAUGGAGGUGGUGGAGGUUCAGGUGGAGGUGGAGGAUACGGAGGCGCGGGGGCACAUGGCGUAGGUGGUUACGGAGGAGGAGCUGGUGGAGGUGAAGGUGCAGGUGGGGGAUAUGGAGCAGCUGGCGGUGGUCAUGGUGGUGGUGGAGGAAGUGGAGGCGGUGGAGGCUCUGGCGGUGUUGCCGGUGGCGGAUAUGGAGGAGGAGCCGGAAAAGGAGGGCUGUGCUCUCUUAAUUCUCCCAGUUCUCCCGUUAUCUCGCUCCAACGGCUGGCUUCUCUUCCAGUCUUGGUUUCCUCGUUGGCCCUGAGGGGUGGAUACCUGCAAAAGGUUCUCCGAUGCCAAAGUCAGUUUCAGAGCAGUGGCUUUUCUUAG